GUAUUAUCUAUCAUACAAUAGUAAUAAUAGUAUAGGACUAUCACGUACUAUUAUAGUCUCCAUGUUGGUCGAUAUGAAUCUUCUGUCGUAUCAACUCACGUCUCACAUCAACUUGAUCAAUUUUGAACUUACAUGUUACAUCAACUCACAGACAUUCCAGAGCGUCGUCUUUCGUUCUCUAUUUUCUAGUGAGUUGACCAAGAAUGCAAUUUUUCAUUCUAUUCAUCCAAACUGAUUAAAAAAAAUAGGAACAGGUUUUCAUUUCAAAUUAAACAAUUACUGUAAUGCUGGAUAACUGCGUUGGAAUAUAGAAGAAUUGUACCAAAUGAGUAUAUACAUAUGAAAUACUCAUUUUUCAAAACAAAAUUUUGUGAAAAAUAGAAAUUUAAAACUUCAUCAAUACGCAAUUCUUUCAAGAUAUGGAUUUAAAGGCAAUAUAAAACAAUACUAUAAAUGUUUCUGAGAAUAAUAUACCUCCUAGUUGUUAAAAUCAGAUUAUCAACUACAUGAUAUCCUAAGGUAAUAUUUGAAAUUAUUACACUGUCUACCAAAACAUUUAAAUAUACAAGAAAAUUUAAAUUUACUGUUAUAAAAGUACAAAUAAGUACAAUUAAAAGUAGCAACAAAAUCUUGAUGAAAUGUUAACUAAUAACUGUAAUUCUGGUAAUUUAACUAAUGAAAAUAUAACUUACAUAAAUUUAAUUAGCUCUGAUGAUAGUGAUGAUGAUUCAACAGAAAAUGACGCACCUAUAGUGAAUACUAUACCAACCCAGAGAAAAAUAUUGACAUUCAGAAGUUUUACUAGAAGUUUCUCAAAUAACUCUUCCAAUAACCAAAUUGGAAGUCGUACUCGAUCAUCAAAGCCUACAGUUAUUAAUUUAGACAAGACAGUUAGUACAUCUUCCAAUAGAGGAAAGGCGUCGAAGAAAACAUGUAUUCCCAAAAAGAAAAUGAACACAACACCAGCUUGUUGGACUAACACUAAUAACAAUCGAAAUAAAGUUCCGGUCAAACACUUUUUAGCUAGUAAAUUCAUACAAAGAUUAAAACUACUUCAACGAAAAAAUUGUAGACUAAUAUCAAAAGUUAAACAAUUGAUGAUUAGAAAACAAGAAUUGCAAGAUGUUCAAAUAAAAUAUUUGGAACUUAAAGAUAAAGUCCUUGAAACAGAAGAAAAAUUAUUGAUGAAUGGUAUAGAUACAUCAGAAUAUUCAGCAUUUUCUUUUGCUAAUGGAGACCAAGAUACAGAAGCAAUCAAAGACAAUAAAUAUGAUGUAUUAUUGGAGUGUAAAUUAGACAAAGAAAAUCAAAUGCUUAAUGAGCCUAUUUUUAUUCAUGAAAACUCUCCAGCUUAAGAAAUCACAAAUUAGAAAUGAAAAUAACUUAUCAUAGUAUUAAGUAAAACCUUAUAAUUCAUUAUAAAAUAAAACAUCCUUUUG